AUGUGUAGCAGUAUUUCUUUCGCAACAGCUAACGAGUCCCUAAUGCACGAGGAAGAGACGGAACUAUUGCAACCAUCUGGCGAGUCGACGACUCACAUCACAAAUUUCAAUAAAUUUAAGAAAAAUGCAUCUUUGACGGAACCGUCCACCCCCACCGCCAAAUGUGACAUCUCACCGAUAUCAAACAGGCAUGCAACACCAGAAAUAUGUAAAGAAAAUAAUUGCGAAGAAAGCAAUGCAAACGCUUGUUCCAUAUGCACGGAAUCAACUAGUGUAUACGCCGUCGCACAAUGUAAUCAUCGAAUAUGUUAUGUCUGCGCUCUUAGAUCAAGGAUUUUGUUAGGGACCAACUCUUGUCCUUUUUGCCGAGCCAAGCAACACAAAGUGAUCUUUACUCACGAUUCUACGACACCUUUCUCGGUGUUAAUGUCGUCGAUAUCGGUGUGGUAUCUCGUACCAGAUCAUCAAAUAUUGUGCGAGGAUCAACAGAUACAUCACAUGACAACAGAGAUGAUAAAGUUUAGGUGUCCGAUGAAAUCCUGUCGGGCAGCAUAUGGUGGGUGGCCGGAACUAAUUCAACAUGUACGAAACGAUCAUAAAUUAAUGUUCUGCGGACGAUGCAUAGCACAUCGUAAGAUAUUUACCUGGGAGCAUAUAUUGUAUACCAAGGAGGAAUUGAAGAGACAUUAUCGUAGUGGGGAUGCCAAAGAUUUUAACUUUCGAGGUCAUCCUUCGUGCAUAGAAUGCAAUGUAACAUUCUACGACCUAAUCGAAUUUCGGGAACAUUAUCUAAUGCACCAUUCUCUGAUUCCGAUGGUCGAAUCGCCAUCGCUUUUGACAACCAUCAACAAUGCCACCGCCAACAAUGUAUUAGACAGCGAUGAAAGCAACGGUUUUGACAUUUCAGCUUUAUUCUUUUUCAUACUCUCGGUUUUCACCACACUCCUAGGCACAUUCUCAAUACCGGACGACAAUAAAUAUUUUGCAUCCAUCAUACAAACAUUAGACGGACUCACUUCAUCUAUUGAUUUUCGCGGUUUUUUAUUUGACCAUGAUAUUUUGGGUACUGAAAAGUUGGUUCAUAAUGAUGAGUUGGAUUCUGUACUUUAUUUGUGGGGUUGUGAUACUUAG